AUGCCGAUGGUACGAGUAGCAACAAACCUACCGGACAAGGAUGUGCCGGCAAAUUUCGAGCUGCGUCUCACAGAGAUUUUGGCCGAAUCUAUGAAUAAACCAAAAAGUAGGAUUGCUGUAGAAAUUCUUGCUGGCCAAAGGAUCACUCAUGGAGCAGUUCGAAAUCCCGUUGCGGUUAUUAAAGUGGAAUCGAUUGGCUCCUUGUCUGCAGAAGAUAACAUUCGCCACACAGAAAAAAUCACGCAACUAUGUCAGGAGGAGCUGAAAUUGCCAAAGGAUAAGGUGAUCAUCACAUAUUUCGAUCUGAAUCCAAUUCACGUCGGAUUCAACGGAACUACUGUUGCUGCCGCCACAGUUUAA